AUGCGUGGUUUGAGUAACGCCAAAUUGUUCGACAAUGCACAUAAGCAAGGCGGAAGCGCCGAUUCAUGUCAUAACCAGAUGAAAGAGGCAGCUGAUAACGAGUACGAAUACACAACCACUUUAGACAAUGUGGCGAUCACUGCACAGGACGCCGUGGCUGGAAUACCAAGAAAGGCAGCUGUGUCAAGAUGA